GAAAGCAGAAUGUAUUAAUUUCAGGUAUCGUAAUCCAAAUCCAAAUUUACCCAAUCCCCCGGAUUUGUUAUGAUUAGCUGUCAACCCCCAUUCCUUUCCCCCUCUCUGUAUUUAUCCCAACCGCUCAUGCAAAACCCCCAAAUCCACACACUCCACAAAUUUCUCGAUCGAUCGCCAUGCCAGAUCCGGCAUUCGGAGACUGCGUCGGCGUCGAGAGCAGCGCCGAUCUCGAAUCGGACGUCGACGCCGCGCUCGCGCCCCCCCGCAGGCACAAGCGCCCGGCGGCGGCGGAGAAGAAGGAGUUUCCGCCACCGAUCUCGUGGCUGGCGCGCACGGAGAGCCUCCCGUCGCACAUGCCGCGGGUCAUGAGGAAGUACUGCACGACCGACGGGCGGCUGAUAAUCAAAGAGGAGAGAGUGAGGUGCCACGACUACUUCCUCGCCGAUCGAUCUGACGGACGCCUCGUGCUCAAUCUAAUACACGUGGACGACGACGACUCCGUCGUCGAGGAUGCGGCGGCGGUGGAGGAGAUCCGGUCGACUGAAAUCGGCGGCGGGGAGGAGGGGAUCAAGCGUGAUUUGACGGUGGAGGAAGUGGCGGCGGAGUGCUAUAAGUAUAAUAGCUUGGGGUUGAAGCCCUGCGGUGGCUUUGUUGCGACGGUGCCGGUGUUUAGGCCUCCGGUUCACACAUGAUUUCAGACCUUCAAUUUUCCCCCCCUCUCUCUCUCCCUUAAACGAGUGCAAUCUUUUGGUUCUUUCUUUGAUUUUUUUCCAAUAAUGUUCGAUAUUCUUUUACGUUGAUUUCAA